GAAACGUAGACAGACACCAACAGGUAGAGAGAUUCAGACAGACAAGUAGACAGACAGAAAGAAAGUGACACAGAAAAUGAGAACGAGAGAGGAGCAAACAGUAAGAGACAGUCAUAAAAACACAUUUCACCUGUUAUAGGCACACCAUUAUUCACAGAUGACAGGGUAGUAACAAGAGGUACAGGAGUGGUGAGGAGUGACAAAAACAGGGAGGAAGAGAGAGAGAGGGGGGCACUGUAAACUACAGGAAGCCCAGUGUAUCAAACACAGGGGAGUGGAUAGAAGAGCUCCAGUCCAGAAGCAGCUUCCAGACUGUAGUCUUCAUGGACUUGAGGGAGUUACAGCAUCACUGAACCCACGCCAGGCCCUCCACUGAUGGACAACAUGUCAGCGGACCCUGGGCCUCAUGAUACAGACCUAAUGCUGUUGGAACUGCAGGCCCCAGGGCCGGUGGGACUGCAGACACUGUUGGACCUGCUAGUGGGGGUGUACCAAGAGUUCUGCUCCUCACCCCUGGCCAGGGAGAAGUACGUCUCAGGCUUCCUCCAAUGGGCGGAGCCCCUGGUGAGGCAGGUGAAGAAGACGCGAAUCAAGAGGGAUGACUUCCACAUCUUGAAGGUGAUUGGUCGAGGGACCUUCAGUGAGGUGGCCGUGGCGAGGAUGCGUAGCACACAGCAGGUGUACGCCAUGAAGAUAAUGAAUAAGUGGGACAUGCUGAAGAGAGGAGAGACAGCUUGUUACCAGGAGGAGAGGGAGGUUCUGCUGAAGGGCGACCGACGAUGGAUCACAGAGCUGCACUACGCUUUCCAAGACGACAAUUACCUGUACCUGGUGAUGGAUUAUUAUGUUGGUGGUGACCUUUUGACCCUGCUCAGUAAAUUCGGCGACCGUUUCCCUGAGGACAUGGCCCAGUUCUACUUGGCUGAGAUGGUCAUGGCCAUUGACUCUAUCCAUAGGAUGGGCUAUGUGCACAGAGACAUCAAACCUGACAACAUCCUGCUGACAUCAGAGGGCCACGUCAGACUGGGGGAUUUUGGUUCCUGUCUAAGGGUCCAAGAGGAUGGCAUGGUCCAUUCCUCCCUCGCAGUGGGCACUCCUGACUACUUGUCCCCAGAGAUCCUACGUGCGGUGGAGGGAGGGGGGGGUUAUGGCCCCGAGUGUGACUGGUGGGCCCUGGGGAUCUGUGCCUAUGAGAUGCUACAGGGAACCACACCUUUCUAUGCAGAGACCAUCUCUGAGACCUAUGCCAAGAUCCUGAACUUCCAGGAGCACUUUGAGUUCCCGUCAUCUGGCCCUGAGGUUUCAGACGAAGCGCGUUCCCUCAUCAUGGGUUUGAUCUGUGAGAGGGAGGAUCGAAUGGGGGCAGGGGGCUCUGGAGACUUCAGGGGCCACCCCUUCUUCUGUGGACUAGACUGGGGCUCUCUGAAUGAACUUCCAGCACCUUUCCAACCUGAAGUCUCCAACGCCACUGAUACGUCAAACUUUGACGUGUUAGACGACUGCCUCAGUGAAAUGGAAACACUGAGUGAUGUUUUGGACAGGGCGCCUAUUGGAGUUCACCUGGCUUUUGUUGGCUACUCCUACACAGCGACAAGACAGACGGGUGCCUUGGAUCGCAGUCGUGACAUCAUGAUGGAAAUUGACCACCAGAGACACCAAGGGUUGCCAAACCUAAACUUCCAGGACAAGCUGAGUCAGAUGUGGCAGCUUAGAGAUGCCCUUACAACACCUGAAAACCAGCCUACCCUGCUUGAGCUGCCCCCCAUAGCCUUGGAGCAGGGUACCGCAGCAUCAACGAACACCGAGACAGAGGAAGAAGAGGAGGCCGAUAAGAGUUCAGGACAUGAUGAGGACCUGCACAGACGGUUACAGGAGGCAGAGAUGAGGAACGGAGAGCUGGAGAAAGAGAUGGAGAAACUGAGGAAGGAGAUCCAGGGACUGAAGUCCCCCAAAGAGACAGAACUGUGUGUUUGCCCAACGUCUCUUUCUCUGCCUGCCCACUGUCUGGACAAUGGGAAGAGAGCUCCCCCUGCCUGUCACUAUCCGCUGGUGAUCCCCCUCCACCGCCAUCUGCUGCUGUUCCACAGGGUGCGCUGGCCACAGGAGAGGACUGAGUCCUACCUAUUGGUGUGUGCAGAGGGGGGGGAGCUCCAAGCCUGGAACAGACAUGGCUGUGCUGAGAUCUCCUGAACCCCGAUACACAGCACCCCGCUCUCCUUGGGUUAGCUAUCUCCCCACGUUAGGCUGAAGGGGGGGUAUCAAGCUAUGUAACCCUGAUGCACUACAGCUGCUCCAAUCCCCCCAAACACCCCUAGGCUAAAAGGACAGGAGCACCACAGGGUGAAGAAGGCUGCGGGUGACGUUUUUAAGUCUCUCUGAAUGUGAGAAUUUAUGAGCCAGUAUGGUGGACUGGUGUGCUAAAGCCCAUGCUAUACUUGGUCUACUUUUCCCCGUACGUAGAAUUAAGAGCAGAGUGGGUGUGACCGGGGUAACUGGGGCCUUGGAGCUGUGAGGAAGCCAAGGACAGUCCAUGAUGGGAAGGUACAGAACCUUUAAAUGGACAACUGUCCUUGAACUAACAAUGCCUGUUGCCAUGUGUGGGUCGAAAUGCAGUACUUCCAUCUCUGAGGAGAGAGCUCAUGUGUCUCUGAAAAACAGAUACCACAGGAGAAAGACAUUGCCGGUUUGAGUGACAGACAGAAGGGCCAAUCAGUCCCCUUCAUCAGCGUGCACACUCCAGCCCAUCUGGACAUGUUUGGUGCAUAUUGCCCAAUGUUAACGGCGUACAGAUGUCCUGUCUUCACUAUUUAACAGCACCAUGUAGUGGUUAUACACAGUGUGACUUGUAAUUUGUGUCUAUGCAUCUAAGAGUGAGCAGUGUUGAGUGUAAAAGGUAUCCAUUGUACUAGAAGGCUCUGAUUUAAAGGCAUGCUUUAGAUGGGCCUGUUUGGAAUACACAGAUCACAGCUAGAGUACAACUAUUGGACAGGCAAGGUAGCGCAUGUGUGUCUGUUCAAUAAUGUUUUCUGUGACUGUAAGGUUAUACUUAACUCUGGUCCAGCGCUUUACUUGUGGUUUGCUGACACGGAUCCUUUCUCGGACUAGAUAGUAGGAAGGCACUGUCAGCAAGUCGCACAUAAUGCCUUGGACCAGAGCUAAUAUAAAGAAUGUAGACAAAAAAAUGCAUGUUCAGGGUGCUAUGGGACACAGGGAAGGCAACAAAAUGAAUUAAAGUUUGCUAUUAUGAUUAAAAUCAUACAGCCAAGUAUUAUUUGUAAACCGUGUGCUGUGGUGGCUCUACUGUAGAUCAUCCUUUCAAAAUGCAUUGUAGCCUCUUGUUUCGGAAGCCAUGUUAAAUUAUGCAGGCCUAUUGGGAGUUUGUCAGAGAAUGGUACAGUCUUUCAGUGAGAGAAUUCCUGUAUAUUACAAAAUAUGCAAUGUAUUGCCUGGAAUACUUUGAAUGUGCAUGUUGAGAGACCAUGACUGUCACUCCCUGGGUACUAAAAAAAGUUAAACAGAAAUAUUUUACUUAAUUUGCUUUAAACCUUAUAAUACACACUGAUGUUUUCUAUUAUAGGCUGAAGAUGUUAACCAAUUCUACAUUUUCUUAAUGAUGUUGUCAAGUAUUUUGUUAUUAAUAAAUCAAAAUCACUGAACACAUUUCCAUCUAAAGUUUUAAAGGAAGUAAAGUAAUUGCAGUGGAAAGCAAUUGUAGAAAGUUUUGAUCCUUGCGAACAUGGCAAUUUGUUUGAUGCUACAUGAUACAAUUUCUGUGUCAGUAGAAUUCAUUUUGUGAAAAAUGGUAGUUGAUAUGCCUUCAUGCACACAAAAGAAAAUAUUAAACCAUCAUAUACAAAUAACCCAUAUGGAGAAAGAAACAUUUGAAAUAAAUAUUUUUGAAUACAAUAAGAUUCCUGCAAGAUAUAAAAUUAAACUGAGGAAUAAAAACAACUCUGAAUAAAUCUUGAUAUGUAUUUUAAUGUGUGACAUACCCCACAAUGACAAAGUAAAAACCCAUUUAGAAAUGUGUGCCAAUUUUGGGGGGGGAUUUGUCUAAUGUAUAUACCUAUUCAGAACCUUUAUUCAGUACUUUGUAAAACAGAAUCAAGUCUUCUUUGGUAUGUCUUUACAAUUAGUGAGUUAGAGAAUUUACUUUGCAGGUUAGGAAAACUAAGUUGGCAGCUUACGAGAACUUGAGAAUGAGGUUAAGGUUUAGGCUCGGCUAAAAUUAUACAUGUAAUUACAAAGUACCCACCAAGUGUGUUAUUUUUUUAAUCUAACAUACAUGUGUUCUAUUUAUAUUUACAAAUAUUUUAAUGCUGUGAAACAGGGCACGCCUGUUUCACCUAAGCCUCAUUUGAUUGCUCUGUUUAAAUAAAGGUUUAGCAAAUAAUAAAGAAAAUUUGCCCGAUUUAUCUUUCUCUAUAAAAAAAUAAGCUCAUAGUGCCCCUAUGUGGUCAAAAAAAUAUUAAACAUGGUAAAAGAUGCAUCCUAAUUUCAAACUGAAUUAAUACACCUACACUAGGUGUAUUAAUACACCUCCUAGUUUUAAAUAUUAAUCGUGCCAUCCUGUUUUUGAGUGCAUUGUGAAAGUAUUUAGACCCCUUCACUUUUUCCACAUUUUGUUACAUCACAGCCUUAUUUGAAAAUGGAUUUAGCUGGUUAUUUCUCAUCAAUCUAAACACAAUACCACAUAAUGAAAAAGCCUGAUGUUUGCGAAUUAUAUAUAUAUACAGCUCCGGAAAAAAUGAAGAG